UCACUAUGACAUCCAUCGAAAAGCUCCUAAACGGAGACUUGGAUCUCUAUGACGUGUUGGAAGUACACCACGCGGCUCCCGAUAUAGCCAUAAAGCGACAGUACCGGAAACUCGCUCUUAAGUAUCAUCCUGACAAAAACCCAGCCCCUGAGGCGGUUGACCAGUUUCAGUUGUUAUCAACCAUUUAUGAGAUAUUAAGCAAUCCCACCACCAGAAAUGAUUAUGACCGCAUACGAAGCUAUAAGAACGAGAAGCAUGUACAACUGCAAGCUCUAGAUGAACACACGAAGCGGUUCAAAGAAGAGCUUCUUAGGGCCGAACAGAACAAUAAAACACAUGGAGUAGAUAUUUACAAUAAAGUAUCACGAGAAUUCGAAACAAGCAACCAGAAUAUCGAGUUACUCCGAGAGCAGGGCCUUAAGAAAAGGCGGGUCUUGGAACUGGAGAAGUUGAAGCCGAAAUUUCUGCCCGUGUACGUGUCGUACAAAGAUCUUGUGAUUCCCCAGAUUAUAGACUUGAGAGACAGUGGCACCACCAAAGUGGUGGUGAAGUGGAAACACCGACCAGAGCUCGAGGGACAGUUCACACUUGAUGUUGUCAGCGACAUCAUGACGGUGUUUGGGCCUGUUACUUCAGUGAAGUCUGCUGUUUCAGAAGAUAAGUAUAAGGCCGCAUUACUAGAAUACAAGGAUGCACAGGAUGCUGCUAAGGCCGUGGGCCACAACUACAAAAAAAGUGCCACGUUAUGGGACGGGACUCCUUACAGGAAGCUAGCCAGCCUUCUUCGGGCCUGUACGCCUGUGACUAGUGGAUCAACUGAUAUUGGAAAUAUCAAGCUGUUGGAGACCUUUAAAGAAGAAGAUAUAUUCACAGAUAAUAUGGCGAUAAAUCAGCUUCUAGCCAAAGUUAUUACGGAGAAGAUGUCCAAUACGUAUCUGACACUGUGAAGGAAAAAUCCCCGAGGAAGUCCACAGGGUCUUUUAAAUAUUGUAAUGAUUUACGACGGUUAUUCUCACCCAGCACCACAAGUGCCGGUAAGAGGAAAGUGUCGAAUGAAAGCCAAAUAGAGCAACAUAAGGAAUGCAUAUAUUAAAUCCACGUCUCAGUUUCUUCUCAUCGGGUCAACCUAGUCAUCUCUCCAGUUCACCCACACCUCAUCGGUUCUAAAUCUCUGGGUGCAAACCGUGUCCUUCAACUCCUUGGUCUGCCCCAUUCUAUAACUAAGCAACCCCGCAUGGGCUAUCAUGAUUCCAUUGUCAAUACAGAACCUCUCGUCUGUAGCAUGAAUAGACCCAUUUUUCCGAUCAUUCACCAUCAAUUCCAUCAUCUCCUGAAGUCUCUCAUUGGACCCGACUCCCCCCACAAUCAACACCUGGUUGCUCUGAACAUGGGCCAUGGCCCUUUCAGUGAUUUCCACCAACAUCGAGUAAAGAGACUCUUGAAGCGAGAAACAGAGGUCUUCCGGAGUGAUGAGCUCACCCAGCUCUUGGUCCACAAGGUUUUUGUUCUUCUUGGGGGUGCUGGAAAACAUGUCUUUGGCCAACACAUCCACAUACUGUAAGAUCCCCGACAUCGAGAUGUCCAUUCCUUUCACCGUGUAUGGUAGUUCAACAAGAUGACGGCCUUUUUUCGCCAUUUGCUCGAUGUUAUACCCUGGAGCCGGGUCAUUGGAGAUCUUGAGCACUCGAGCAAACCGGUCCAAACAGUUCCCAAUGGCGAUAUCCAAAGUUUCGCCAAAAAUCCGGUAUCUCUGUCUGGAGUACGCGAUGAUCUGAGUGUUACCUCCGCUAACAUAUAGCACCACCGGGUUCUGCGCUCCUGUGAUCUCACGGCCCAUUUCUAUGUGGCCCACACAGUGGUUUACCCCCACCAACGGCAAGUUCCAAAGCUGGGCCAAAGUUCUGGCGGCUAUUACAACGCUUUGGAGAGGAGCACCCAUUCCAGGCCCUUGAGUGAAACAAAUGCAGUCCAAAUCACGGCCACAUACGCCGGCAUCGGCCAACGCCCGCUUGAUGAUCCGUACCACCCAGUGGCGGUGAUGGCGGGCUGUGUCUCGUGGUAGAAAUCCCUCUCCUGGAGGGGUGAUGUAGGUAUCUCUGACGUUGGAGAGGACCUGUGCACUAUUGUGAGGGCCUGGCUCACCCACGCCGUGCCUGAUGAUACCCACGCCGAGCUUGUUGGCCGAGCCCUCGAGUCCCAAUGCGAGGUAAUAGUCCCGGCCUGGCCGUAAUCUCUUAUCUAGGUCCACAGUCAUGGUGAAGGCUA